GAGCUGAGGCAAUCUAAUCCUUUUUAUCGAAUAUACACAUCAAUCAUCAUUUCCCUUGUUCUCUGAAGAUGGAUUCAUCAUCACAUCUACCUUUGUUUUCCAUAUUAUUCGUCAUGCUCGGACUUACCGUCUCACAAAGCACUAAUAUCACAGGUGCUCAUUCAUCAACGUUUACUAUUGUAAACAAUUGCAACUAUACAGUUUGGCCAGCGGUAGUGUCUGGUCCUGAAUCUACACAAAUUUCCCCUUCAGGUUUCAUUCUUCAACCAGGCGAAUCAACAUCUAUUUCUGUUCCACCGUCUUGGUCAGGUCGGAUAUCGGGUCGAACUCAUCGUGGUAACGACUCUUCUGGCAAUUUCUCUUGCCUCACUGGGGACUGUGGCACAUCUAUACUAGAAUGUUCUGGUCGUGAUGCCACCCCUCCUGUCACCCUUGCGGAGUUUACACUUGGUCCUGUUGGGACAUUGGUUUACUAUGAUGUUAGCCUUGUUGAUGGAUACAAUCUACCAUUGAUGAUAUCCCCACAUAAUGAAACUGGAGGUAACUGUAACUCAACUGGAUGUGCUGCGGAUUUGAAUGGUGACUGUCCUUCGGAGCUUAAGGUUGUCAAUGGGAGUGAAACAGUUGCAUGUAAGAGUGCCUGCACUGCUUUUGGGGCCCCCCAAUAUUGCUGUGAGACUACAGAUACGUGCAAGCCUACUUCCUACUCACGAUUCUUCAAGAGUCGGGGUCCUACUGCUUAUAGCUACACCCAAGAUGAUGCAAACAGUACCUUCAGUUGUUUUGCUGCUGAUUAUGACAUCACUUUCUGCCCAUCCCCUUCCACCAGGUAA